GCAGAGUUGGAGCCGAGAAGAGUUUGGAUCGGAGGACGCGCACUUCCGACUGUACUCGGUCGUCGCGAGGUGCAAGCACGGGAUCGUGAGAAGGCUGGAUCUGCUUCUAUAGUACAACAGCCUCGGAAGGAUGACGGUGUCCUAUCAGUAUGAGGUCGCCAGCUCCACCAGUGGCGGCUUCACCCGUCUCCUUUUCAUGUGGCGGGGCUCCCUCUACAAGCUCAUCUACCGGGAACUCCUCCUGUUCCUCGCCCUCUUCGGCGCAAUUUCUGCCCUGUAUCGUCACGCUCUCAAUGUCGACCAGAAGAGGGCUUUCGAGCAGAUCGUCGUCUACUGUGAUACCUUUAUCAAUCUAAUACCGCUGAGCUUCGUGCUGGGCUUCUACGUGGCCUACGUAGCCGGUAGGUGGUGGCAACAAUACACAGCCAUUCCUUGGCCUGACAAAGUAAUGCAUUCAGUCGCUCUUUACGUCAUCGGAAACGACGAAUACGGACGAAUGGUACGGCGGGCACUGAUGCGAUACCUCAACCUGUCGCUCAUUCUUGUUUUACGAUCCAUCAGCUCGGCCGUUAAACGACGCUUUCCUACUCUAGACCACGUUGUGGAUUCUGGCUUUAUGACCUCGUUGGAGCUGGAACUUUUUAUUUCUGUGCCAAGUCUUGAAUUUAACACUUACUGGAUUCCUUGCACGUGGUUCAUCAAUUUACUGAAAGAGGCGAGGACGAGCCAUCGAUUACCCGACGCUCAAGGCUUAAAAAUUAUAAUGGAGGAGUUUAAUGAUUUUCGAUCAAAAUGCGGUAUGCUUUGGAGCUACGAUUGGGUAUCAAUUCCAUUAGUAUACACACAGGUUGUUACACUGGCUACUUACAGUUUCUUUGCAGUGGCACUCGUCGGUCGUCAAUAUAUCGAGGGAGUCAUUAAACCGUUCCAAAUGAAAGUCGACAUUUACUUUCCAAUGUUCACAAUUUUACAGUUCUUUUUCUUCAUGGGCUUAUUGAAGGUCGCGGAACAGCUUAUAAAUCCAUUCGGCGAUGAUGAUGAAGAUUUCGAGCUCAACUGGUUGAUCGAUCGGCACACCAAGGUCUCGUAUCUUGGCGUUGACACAUUGAUGAAUCGUUGCCCGCCUCUCGUUAAGGACAUUUAUUAUGAAUCGGAAAAUAUAAUUUUACCCUACACGGAAGCGGCUGCCGCCUACAAGCGCAAAACGUAUCGCGGUAGCGUGGCAAACAUGACAGUACCCGAAGAAAAGCAAACGAUGUUUUUGCCUGACAUUAUUGAGGAGGAGGAGAACGCCACUGGUAAUAUAACUCCACGAACUUCUAGUGCCAGUCUUCCAACGCACAAUGAUAGUCCAUCUGAGAAUAAUAACAAACGCCAGGGUUACUCUUCCCCUCAAUCAGCUAAUCGAGCGGCUCGUGACUCUCGUGAAACAAUCGUUACGUUGGAUCUUCGUGAAGAGCUCGAUCAGCAACAGCAGCAACCACAACAACAGUCUCAACAACAGCAAGGAAAAUUCACGGAUCACCUUCAGAGCCGAAAGCCCUUCUUUGCCCUAGCCAAAUCCUCCAAGGUCAACAUUCAGCCUUGGCCGAGUGCGACGAAUCUUAAAUCCGAGCCGGUAGUUGGCUCCAUGUGGACUGAAAACGCACUGGAGCCUGGACAGCAAAGAAGAAAGUUGCAUCAGACGCGAUCAUUCAACAUUCCCAGCAUCGAUGUUAGACAGUCGUCGGUGGACGAUGAGCUUGACGACGAGGAUGACGAGGAUAUCCUCGACGGAAUUAAAAGCGAAGCUAUUGAAUUCGCUUCGAAAAAACGCUCGCAGAUGAUGUUUGAGCUACGGAGUAGAAAAGCUAAUCGGAAUUCGGUUGCGUACCGCAACUCCGGUGCUAAGGACACUCAAAAGCCGCACUGUAACUGCGAUCUUACGAGCUCCAGUAGCAGUUGCUGCUGCAACGGUUCCUAUUCUCAGCAACGACAGCAACGCUCGCAAUCCCAGCGCUCGUCCACGAGGAACGAGCGCAGCACGAGGUCACGGGCGCACCGCUUCAACAGUUUUCCAAAAUUCCUAGCGAAGCGGCAGCGAACGUCAUUCCGUAGUCCAGGCAUCCCAAUCCCUUGCGGACGUCAGAAUGAGUCCUUCGACGAAGGUCUUCCAGUGUCGAAGAGCUCGCCCGAGUUGGCGGUUGACGUCGACUUCAGCCAGUGCAAACACAUGCGUGCGACAUUUUUCACUGGUAACGAGGACGCGAUCGAGCAGGAUCCCGAUCUGCGGGAAAUUAUUAGCAAGAGGUUCUGAUCGUCGACCGAUCAGCUUUCUUUUG